CCUUUUUAGACGGACGUCAGCUUUGUGGGCUCUCCUCUCAAGUUUUGACCAAAUUCACACAUUGACUGCCUGCUUUUUCGUCUGGGACGUCAGAUCAAGUCUUCAGUAUCCCCUUCAGAACAAAUACAACAAAAUGCCUGGUCCAGCAGCAACCAACACCAACGUGGGGGCGUCUGGUCGGUCCCCCAGCAAGACGGUGGCCCCCCGGGCUGCAGGCUCCACCGUCAGGCAGAGAAAAGCUACCAGCAGUGGUACACGCAGCGGCGGUAGGAGCACAGGAUCAGCAGGCACUGGUGGCAUGUGGCGCUUCUACACUGAGGACUCACCAGGCCUCAAAGUCGGUCCAGUGCCAGUGCUGGUGAUGAGUCUCUUGUUUAUUGCUUCGGUCUUCAUGCUUCACAUCUGGGGGAAGUACACCCGCUCUUAAACCACGCCUGAUGACCUCUGACUCUGCGCCUCAGCUUCUUAACUCUUUGGACCUGGACCAAACGACAUAUGAACAAGUUUCAAGUUUCCCUCCUCCACUAUCCCGGCAACACACUCAUUGGAUUUUUGUGACCAUUGUAGUUCAAGAUAUAAUGUUCAUCAGACUUGGCAACCUCCUUCCCUUUUUCCUUUUUUUUUUUCUUUUCCUGUCGCUGUGUUUCACACUUGAUGGGGUGAAAGGAAGGAAAGCUUACCAACUUGCCUCGGAUUGUCCCUCCCUCAAGACGGUGCAGGGCCCAAGGACAGUUUUGUUUACAGGGCCCCUACAAACAUUUCUCCCUAUAGUCUGAAAUACAUUUUUUGUUAACAGCAUUUGUACAAAAAUAUAAUUGUAAAAUUGUACAAUUAAAAAGCGAAAAAGAAAA